CGUUGUUUCAGGUCCCGAUCCGUGAGGCUCCCGCUGCACGGCGGGAUCCUACCGUUGCAGGCCCCUUCCUCCCACGCACAUCAGCUGUAUCAAAAUUGGCUUGCCUGCUUGCUUACGCUCUCUCAGCCGGCCGAUUUUAGCAGCAACCAACUGGCCUGACCUAUGGAAUAGGUCUAGAAUGAACAUUAAAUAUCGAGCCCCGCUUAUUUUCUUGAUGUCUUGACUGCGACUGUUUCUGGCAUCUCAUUCCACAUGUCGACAUAGAGACACAUUCAGGGUUCUUUUGUUUUGAUUUUUUUUCUUCUUCUUUUCUUCCCCCCCCCCCUUCUCGGUUCCACACUGUCGGCGAAGCUUUGAUCGUCACAUCACAAUUAAAGAACUCCAAGAUGGCCCACUCCGACCUCUCAGCUCAAGGGAGCUUAUCGCCCAGCCGAGUCAUGGACAAGUCUCCGAUGCCCAUCACGCCACCCGCUGGAUACAUCCCUGAGCGCCCGUGCUCGACCAUCCCGGAUAAUGACUCUCCACCGGGGAGCCCCCCGAAGGACAGCUUCAGCCGACAGAACCCGUUUGGGCUAUUUCAGCAGCAGCAGCAGCACCAGCACCAAUCGCCCGAGGACGACGAGAUGAACACCCGGGGCGGCGGGAGGAAUGGUGGGAUCUGCGAGGUUCUCCUGGCGGCGUGUUGCUGUUUCGCGCUCUGUGAGAUCUGUUGCUGAUGAUGGCGCCUGGCUCCUGCUCUUGCUCCACCUUCGAAUGUGCCCCGGGCGUCGAGGAACCGAGAUGGCACUGGGUAGGGCGGGUAAAAUCCUUCAUUUGAGGGCUGGACGGCGUAAAAGGAAAGCGGUCUCGCUUACGGGUUGGAAACGGCGUUGGGGGCUGGCCAGGGACAGGGGCUGGAUGAAUGGUUUGCCGGAGAGUCAUGAGCCUGGGGGAGCGAUUGAGAACGCUAGAUCGUGAAGCUUAUUCUGAGAUCUCUACGAGAGAUCUCCCCUGCCGAAACUCAAAGAUGUUGUUUCGCCUGAGUCGAGUCAGUCAGUUCCAACGACGUCAGCUUGCCAAGCGUGCACGGGGGAUGUGGUGACAGAUGUUCGAUUUCGACAGCUAUUCUUAUUUACAAAAAUAUAUACACAGCUGAAAUGGGAA